GCAGAGCGAGCAGCAUCUUAAGGUGGAAGGUGGGUGGGAAAUUCUGUCACACCCGCUGGUCCCCCAACUGGGACCAAGACUCUUUACAACAAUCAUCUCCUUUGCAACGGAGCUGGGAUCAGCAGGACUCAUCUGCCGUUUCAGGCUCUUUGCUGCAACCUGCCAGGUGGCCUUGCUGCUGAAGAGAUGGCAGGCUUCCCAGUCUCCCUGGACUCCUUUCGGCGGGUACCCCAGCCCAGCAGUCUCUUGUUCCACAUCCUCCUCCUCCUCCAGCCUGGGGAGCUGAACUCAGAGGAGUGCCAGGUGAUUGGCCCCAGGGGAUCCGUCCUGGAACGUGUCGGGGAGGAGAUGGAGUUCCCCUGCCACCUGUCCUGUUACCAGAGCGUAGAGCACAUGGAGAUCCGCUGGUUCCGGAGCCAGGCCUCGGAGGUGGUGUACCUGUACCAGGAGCAACAGGAGCUCCCCGGGCAGCAGAUGGAGCAGUUCCGGAACAGGACCAAACUGGUCAAGGACGACAUCGCGGAAGGCUCUGUGAGCCUGAAGCUCUACCCCGUGACCCCCGCCGACGAGGGCCCCUAUGGAUGCCGCUUCUUCUCCAGCAACUUCUCUGGGGAAGCUGUUUGGGAACUGGAGGUAGCAGGGAUGGGGUCAGACCCUCACAUCUCCUUUGAGGGCUUCAAGAAAGGAGGCAUUCAGAUGCGUUGCAGCUCCAGUGGCUGGUACCCCGAGCCCCAGACUCAGUGGAAAGACCAUCGGGGACAGUGCCUGUCCCCUGAGUACGAAGCCAUCACCCAGGACACCCAGGGCCUGUUCAGUCUGGAAACAUCGGUGGUUGUCCAAGAGGGAGCCCACAGCAAUGUGUCCUGCUCCAUCCAGAACCCCCUCCUCUUCCAGAAGAAAGAGUUCGCGGUCCAAAUAGCAGACGCUUUUCUACCCGGACUCUCCCCGUGGAAGACAGCUUUCCUCGGGACUCUGGUGGGCGGCCUGACGCUGCUGCUAGCCCUGCUCACGACGCUGGCGCUGUGCUGCUUUCACAGGCAGCGGUCCCAAGAAAAGCUGAAGCAGCGGGCAGACAAGGACAAAGGGAAACUCACUGCACAACUGGGGAAACUGCAGGCGGAGCUCGAUUGGAGAAGGGCUGAAGGCCAGGCCGAGUGGAGAGCAGCCCAACAAUAUGCAGUGGACGUGACCCUGGACCCAGCCUCGGCGCACCUGAGCCUGGAGGUCUCCCAGGAUGGCAAGAGCGUGCUCUCCCGCAGGGCGCUGCCAGUUCUGGCAGAGCCAGGAGGCCCGCAGCGGUUCACGGAGCAGACGUGCGUGCUGAGCCGGGAGCGCUUCCAGACCGGCCGCCACUACUGGGAGGUGGACGUGGGUCGGCGCAGCCGCUGGUUCCUGGGCGCCUGCCUGGAGGCGGUGGCCCGCGUGGGCCCCGGGCUCCUGAGCCCAGCCACAGGCUACUGGGUGAUGGGGCUGUGGAACGGCAGCGAGUACUUCAUCCUAGAGCCGCAGCGCGUGGCGCUCUCCCUGCGGGUGCCACCCCGGCGUGUGGGCAUCUUCCUGGACUGCGAGGCCGGAAAGCUGGCCUUCUUCAACGUGACAGAUGGCUCCCACAUCUUCACCUUCACCGACACCUUCUCGGGGCCUCUCUGUGCGUACUUCAGACCCAGAGCCCCAGACGGCAGCGAACACGCGGAUCCUCUCACUAUCUGCCCGUUGCGGGUUCGAGUGACCCGCCUCCCGGAAGAGGGUGACGGUGACACCUGGGCACAGCCCUACGAGCCCUCGGACCUCGCCCUGGGCCUGUGGUGAGGUGCUCCCAUGGCCGCAGGGCUGGGUCCUGGGCGGCUUCCUCUGGGGUGGAGGAGGCAUCGCCAAAAUGCCCGCAAAGGCGAUGGAUUCUGCACAGCAGAAGGGGACAGAGAGGAUUUAGCCUGUGUAGAUGUGAAUGUGUGUCUUUGUAAUUUUCUUUUAAGAAAAAGCGGCAAUUCCAAAGCUCGUCUGUGUGUAUGAUAGGACUGAACAAAUGAGUAAGAAGAUACUGAUGUUGCUGGGACCCAGGGUGCUCACUGUGGAAGAGGACAGGACACUGGGAAGGGAAAGAAGGGGGAGACAUGAUUGGAUGAAAGGUAUCGGUUAAUUUGCA